AUGGGCCUGAUACGAGUUGACGGGAACAUGAAGAUGUCAGAGAGUCCCAAACAAGAAUUAUUUCGACGAAAUAAUCCAAUUGAUUGCCGAACUGACCAGAAAUUCGCGAAGGAGAUCACGUGGAGAGACUCACGAGGAGAGUUUUGGGAUUCUAAGGAACAUUUUAAUGAAGGUAAUUCCUAUUUUUGAUUGAUUUUUAUAAAACAGUAAAAUCAAUUGAAGAAAUAAUAAAAAUGCAAUGUUUCCGUCAUUUUGGCGUUAUUUCACCAUGCUAGAGGCAUGGGGGAGUAUCAAGACUUAGUCUAUCUUUCUCAGCAGCAAAAACUAUAUCAAGAUACAUGUUCAAAUAACAUUUCUACCGUUCAUUUUCGAAAAGUAAAAUUCUAUUUUCAUUUUCAUCGCAUUUUAUUUUAAUAAGAACUAAUAUUUCAUAUGUCCGUGAUUCAAAACUGUUGAAUUCAAACAAACAAUGUUGUUUUCAGGUAUUGCGAACGUCAGCCAAGUGGAAUCAACGGUUUCGAUCAUGGACGAAGUGGAGUUGAUUAUACUAUUCAAAUAA